UCCUCACACACUGCUCACACACCCCCUACAAACUCCUCAAACACUCUUUACACAUUUCUUACACAUUUCUUCCAUGUGUAUCAGGAUGAAGCUCCUCGCUCUGGUGCUCCUGCUCUCUGCUUUCCCCUCACUGACCCUGACGGAGGUUGUGAGAUCUUUUCCACAAGCCUGUCCAUCAUUCUUCAUGUUAAAUCCACAAAAGCAAAAUGUCCACAUCAUCCCCACUAUCUUCACAGGACAUCAGUAUAAAAAGAUUUGUCAGCGCUGGAACAACAAAUACAGAUUUGCCACCGUGUACGACACUGAGAGGAGGAUCCCUGUUUACUCGGCCUACACGUUCACACAGCAAGCGAACACUACACGCAAUGAGGACUGGAAAAUUGAGCCUCAGCUUGAAAACACUAAAGGAAAUAAAUCGAUGGAGGAUUCCCCGAGAGAAGCAUUUGGACAUAUAACCCACCAGGCGGUGAACCAAGACUACAUCUCACAGCUAAACAGGGGUUAUACUCGAGGUCACGUGUUUCCACGUUUCUUUGCCGCUGAUCAGGCUCAGGCCGAUUCUACCUUCACUUUAACCAACAUAGCACCACAAACACAAGACAACAACGGAAGGUGGGGAGAGCAGGUGGAGCAACCGAUGCUUCAAGAAAUAAAAAACGAAUGCAAGCUAGACCAGAAUAACCUGGCGUACAUUGUGACUGGGGUCGUUCCAGGGAAUGACUGGAUCCCCAUAGAAAGAGACAAUGUUAGAAGUAACAACGGAAUUAACAUUCCCAGUAAUUUUUGGAGCGCUUUUUGUUGUAGGAACAAGACCAAUAUUAAACAACUCAUAUCAGGGGCCUACAUUGCUGAGCAAGGGGCAAUUAAAGCUAGACAUCCCAGUAUUGAAAACCUGAAUGAACGACUCACCACAGAGUAUCGUAAGAGUCAGUCACUGAAGAAAAGUGAAAGUUUCUCUGUGUUUCCAGGAUUAACAUUUAAGCCUUAAAAUUCAGAUACCUAAUUUCUAAAUGUAAAAAUCCCUAAAUAAAAUUUUUUAAAAAUCACACAAAAACUGCUUAAUUGACUUAAUGCUUAUUAAAACAUUUAUAACAUAAAACAUAAACAAAUGCUUAAUUAUAUUACGUCUCAGCUUCCGAUGUAUCUUAAUUUAAUAUCUCAUUCAAAGUCUUCUGAUGCAUUUCACGUAAAUUGUACUAAAACAAGGUGUUUAGUUAUGGUGGCUUUUAAACUCGAUUUACAGAUAAAACUACUGGACUUAGAGGUUUAAUUCUGUACAUUUAUUUUUGAAUAUAAUUUUGUCUAUUUGUCGAGUUUGGGGGUGAUUUAGAAAAGCAAACACAAAGAACUGUUUUUUUUUUUUUACCAUCAGCACCAAUGGAAGUAAUUUUUCUGUUUUACAAAGUGCAAAAGACAUUUUGCUGUUCUUCAUUUUUCUUUACCAUUUGUA